AUGGUCGCCUCGCUGGUAACCCAGCUCUCUCUCUCUCUCUCUCUCUACCCCCUCGCAGCCUGUAAUACACUGCAAGGCUGGCUGAAAAUGAACAGGCGGCCCGUGAAAUCAGAGAGGCGGCGGGUCAACUCGGAGGAGCAAACGGGCAAAGCCGAGCGGCGAGAGUUGAAGGCUUCCUCGCAGAGAGUGUCCACGGAGCUUCUCAGGCACAGGAUUGUCAGAUUGGAGAAGAGGAUAGAGGAAUUGAAAGCUGAAUAUCAGAAACUCGAUCAGAAUGCAAAAGAACUCAUUCAAUCAUUUGAACCAGACUGCGAAAGCAUUGCAAAGGAAGCCGAUGAAGAUGAGCUCUGGUCAUCACUCUUGGAAGACAGGUUCACACAUGUGGAAGUCAACAUAUUCUUCAGUUAUGUUGUUGACAUUCUUCAGUCUUUGCAUCUUCGUGUGUUGGAGAAACAGCCAGGUUUUGCAAGCUUUCUGCCCACUCUGUCUUCUAUCUUGAGGAGGAAAAUUUGGGAUAUGGAUCUUGAGGCUACAUGGACAAGUGUGCUCCCAGAAUUUGGUCUGAAUGAAUCUGAUACAAAGGCUCUAUGUGCAUUCUUUGUGACCCACUGUAAAGACGCUGAGUAUUACCCAUUAAAGGAAAGAAAAAGGUACAGCCUAAAUAUCAAAGAAGUUUUAGACAGAGCUGUGCCCAGCCGCAUUCUACAUCACUGUCUGCUCCAUCUUGUGCAGUUAGCAGAGAAAGAAAGUAGUAUGAUGACAACUGAGCAACACCAAGUCAAUAAAGCAAGCACACGAAGGAGACCAAGACCCAAGUGAAGAGCAGGAUAUAGACAGAACGCAAACCUCCAGGUCUGGAGAUUGACCUCAUCCUUCCACAAUGUAAUAUCCUUUGCUUUGAGUUAAUAAAAUCACGUCACUGACUUUUUGCAAAAUAGGCACGCCAAGGUGGUAUAUUGAUAUUGGGCAGUAAAAUUCCCCUUGCAUCUCAUAUUGAAUGUUGAAUUGACAAACAGCCAUUCAAUGUUUGCACCUGUGACAUAACAAAAAUCAAACAUCAAAAUCACAACACUGCAGAAUGAAGGAUUUCCAAAAAUUGGGGUAUGAAGUUCAGAACUCUGUAAUGAUAGAAGAUUUCAGUCAGGCAGUGGACAGGCCCUUUGGAAACUUCCAACCAACUCCUAAAUGUCAAUAUAGGAUAUAUUCCAAUUGUGAGGAAGUGUUCUGUAACUGAAACGUUGUGUACUCUGUCAACUGACAAUUGAGUCUUUCCAGUGUCUGCUUUAAAUUUUUGCAUUGUCAGCAUUUUUUGUGAUUAAAGUUCAG